CUUCGGCUUUGCUCCGGCUGCGGCUGCACUUGCAGCUUUUAAAGGAAGAAAGCUGAGGCCUGGGCCGAGCCCGGAGCCGCAGCUCGACCGAGCCUGCUGGAGCCCCCGCGCCAGCUCAGCCUGGGGGCGGGCUCGGGUUCGGCCCGCCGCCGAACCCGGGACGGAGGCUGCAUGCCCGAGGACCAGACCGGCGCAGCCAUGGAGGAAGCGUCUCCCUCUUCCUUACUUGAUAUCUGCUUGAAUUUCCUGACUACUCACCUCGAGAAGUUCUGUUCAGCAAGACAAGAUGGAACAUUGUGUCUUCAGGAACCUGGAGUUUUCCCACAGGAGGUGGCUGAUCGGCUGCUUCAGACCAUGGCUUUUCAUGGUCUACUGAAUGAUGGAACUGUGGGUAUUUUUAGGGGCAACCAGAUGCGCUUAAAGCGAGCUUGCAUUCGCAAGGCAAAGAUCUCUGCUGUUGCUUUCCGGAAAGCCUUCUGCCACCACAAGUUAGUGGAACUUGAUGCCACGGGUGUGAACGCUGACAUCACAAUUACAGACAUAAUCAGUGGGCUUGGCAGUAACAAAUGGAUCCAGCAAAAUCUCCAGUGCCUAGUGCUGAACUCGUUAACUCUGUCCCUCGAAGAUCCUUAUGAGCGGUGCUUUAGCCGGCUUUCCGGCCUUCGAGCUUUGAGCAUCACCAAUGUUCUCUUUUACAAUGAAGACUUGGCUGAAGUUGCCUCAUUGCCAAGAUUAGAAAGCCUGGAUAUUUCUAACACCUCAAUCACGGACAUCACAGCUCUGCUGGCCUGCAAAGACCGACUCAAGUCUCUAACCAUGCACCACUUGAAAUGUUUAAAAAUGACAACUACCCAGAUACUGGAUGUUGUUCGAGAACUAAAACAUCUGAAUCACCUUGAUAUUUCAGAUGAUAAACAGUUUACAUCAGACAUAGCUCUUCGCUUACUAGAACAAAAGGACAUCCUACCCAACCUUGUCUCCCUGGACGUUUCUGGGAGAAAGCACGUGACGGAUAAAGCUGUUGAAGCCUUUAUACAACAACGGCCCAGCAUGCAGUUUGUAGGUUUGCUGGCCACUGAUGCUGGUUACUCUGAAUUCCUCACAGGCGAAGGACAUUUGAAGGUGUCUGGAGAAGCCAACGAAACGCAGAUUGCAGAAGCAUUGAAGCGGUACAGCGAACGGGCAUUCUUUGUCCGGGAAGCACUCUUCCACCUUUUUAGUCUGACUCACGUGAUGGAAAAAACAAAGCCAGAAAUUCUAAAGCUUGUGGUUACUGGGAUGAGAAACCACCCUAUGAAUUUGCCAGUGCAACUGGCUGCAAGUGCCUGUGUGUUUAACCUAACCAAGCAGGAUCUUGCUGCUGGAAUGCCCGUCCGACUCCUGGCUAAUGUGACCCAUUUGCUGCUCAAAGCCAUGGAACAUUUUCCCAAUCACCAGCAGUUACAGAAGAAUUGCCUUCUUUCACUUUGCAGUGACCGGAUCCUUCAGGAUGUCCCAUUUAACAGGUUUGAAGCAGCCAAGCUUGUCAUGCAGUGGCUCUGUAACCAUGAGGAUCAAAACAUGCAAAGGAUGGCAGUUGCUAUCAUAUCCAUCCUGGCUGCAAAGCUUUCUACAGAGCAAACUGCACAGCUUGGUGCUGAGCUCUUCAUUGUCAGACAACUUCUUCAAAUAGUGAAGCAGAAAACCAAUCAAAACUCAGUGGACACUACCUUGAAGUUUACUUUGAGUGCACUUUGGAAUCUCACAGAUGAAUCUCCAACUACUUGCAGACACUUUAUUGAAAACCAAGGGUUAGAACUCUUCAUGAGGGUUCUAGAGUCUUUCCCAACUGAGUCAUCCAUUCAACAGAAAGUCCUAGGACUUCUGAACAAUAUAGCCGAAGUACAAGAACUGCAUUCAGAAUUAAUGUGGAAGGAUUUUAUAGAUCACAUCAGUAGCCUCCUACACAGUGGUGAGGUGGAAGUCAGUUACUUUGCAGCUGGAAUUAUUGCCCAUUUAAUAUCCAGAGGUGAACAAGCCUGGACAUUGAGCCACAGCCAGAGGAAUUCUCUUCUGGAUGAUCUGCAUUCAGCUAUUUUGAAAUGGCCAACUCCAGAGUGUGAGAUGGUAGCAUACAGGUCCUUUAAUCCAUUUUUCCCAUUACUUGGCUGUUUUACAACACCAGGAGUCCAGCUCUGGGCAGUUUGGGCCAUGCAACAUGUCUGCAGCAAGAAUCCCACAAGGUAUUGCAGUAUGCUGAUUGAAGAAGGAGGAUUGCAACACUUAUACAACAUCAAAGAACAUGAACAGACUGAUCCCCACGUCCAACAGAUUGCUAUGGCCAUCCUGGACAGCUUAGAAAAGCACAUUGUGCGUCAUGGGAGGCCACCUCCCUGUAAAAAGCAGCCCCAGGCCAGACUAAAUUGAUAGCCAUAUGUAAUUGGGUAAUUAAAUCACAGGAAUCUUUUUUGUGAUUGGUCCAUUUGGAAUAUCUUACCCUCUGUGAUGUAUUAGGGGUUUCUAUGACAAGAUUCAUAGUAUCAGUUUGGGACUGAUGAUGUACAGUACUGCCCAUGUGAACAGUCUCUAAUUUGUCUUGUGAUUUUUAACUUAACGAGGCAAGAAGAGUAUCUUCAUCAUUGCCUUUUAGGACAUUUUCCACAUCUUUCAGUGUUUGAACUUACCUGUGCUUGAAAUUCCACAGUUUUAUGAUAAAAAUUUGCACGAACCCUUAGGCCAGAUUUUUCUGAUCUCAAAGUCCCUUCCCAUCAAUUUGCAGCUUCAGAUAAGCUGUUAACCUUAUUUCUGGUAGUGCUUCAGUUGUGAAUUUUAUACUGCUUCUGUAUAAAAUGCCUUUAUUCUAUGUCCAUGUAUCUUUUAUAAGAUGUCCUUCUUAGUGUGAAAGAAUGGAAAUCUUAAUCCUCUCCUUGUGGAAGUUACUUAGCUGCAGGAUCAUGGAUAGCUAGCAGAAAAAAUAUAUUCAAAAAGGAAAAGAGAAAAACUACUAAGGGAGAACAGAAUUUAGGGACUAGGAAGAAGUCUACUCUUAUGGAGUAAUUUUUUUAAUGAGACAGGCCAUCCUUCUGGAACCCAUCUCUUCUGAGGCAGUGAGCAGUGGCUUGUUCUCCAUAUUUAUUCCUGGAAGCAUGGACUACUGCUUCCUGCACAGACUGCUGGUUACCCUCCAGACAUGUUUCCUCAAGCACCACAGUGUAAAAUAUUACAGCAUUCUGUGUUAUAAAGAUUAACUGUCCAAAUCCCUAUAUGUCAUAAGGUGAAAAUGUAAAUUUUUAUAAAUUUGUCUCCAGUUAAAACUGACCAUUCUUUUUCUCUAUUUCAAAGUGAUUUUUUUUCAGUGAAUUAGAGACGUGGUGUCAUUUGCUCAGUUAAAAUACAAAUGACAACAGUAAAUUUUGCCACAAGAAGUUUCAAAACGUGUAUCUUCUGAAUCUGUUCAUGUUGGAGAAAGGUGUCUACAUCUCACUGCCAAAAAUGAAAGCCUACUGUUAAAUAUAAUGAUUCUAGUUGCAGUGCAUAAAAUGAAAUAUUUUUGUUGGAUUACUUUUUAGACAGUUUUCUUUAAGAAACCUGUUACAAUAUGGUAAAGAAUCAGUUAUGAUAUUAAUAACAGCACUUGGGAGGCAGCAAGUCACCAAGAAACUUAACUUCCAUUUAAAAUUACAUUUUGUGAAUAGAUUAAUCUGCAAUCCCAGAAGACCACAUUUUUUCGUAGAUGGCCCAAAUGUUUUUAAUAGAGAUUUAAAUGGUAUGUUUAAAUUAUGAUGAUUAUUCAGAAACAUCUUUAUUUAGAGAAGAGCUGGUUUAUUAGUAUGUUAAUCACAUUUUUGACACACAUGCUUCAUAUCACUUGAAUUAUUUGGAACACAUUUGUAGGAUAGAAAACUGAGUAUACUAAAGAAAGAAAAUGGGGGUUUAGAACCAUUAAAAACCAUAUUAAAUUGUGGGUUAUUUCUGACUGAUUUGGCUUAAAGGAAUUUUUAUAGGGGGGAAGAAAAAUUUUCACAGAUAAAGUCUAUUUCAGGGGAAAUGGAACAUCUUUUAAAUUUUUUUUUCUUUUUUCCCUGAAUUUUAAUGUCUAAGGCAGAAAAAGGACAGUCUAUCAUAGCUUGGAAGUUGCUAGCUAUGUUGACCAUUUCUGGCUUUCCUAUCUAGUGUAGUUAAAGGGAAACCUAUUUGAGAACUUUCACUUCUAAGUUACCCUGUUCAAGAAAAAAGUGCAUGUUCCUUAUAGGUUAAUGCUUAGUUUUUCAGAAAUGGCUAAAAUGUACAGAAAACACUAAAUCCCUUCUUUACUCAGAAUGAGAAGUUGUUGAUAGGUAAAGACUCAAAAAAUAUUUAAAAUUAAAUUUAAAUUUGCUAUUUUGAGCAUCAGAAAUGGCCAGGUAGUUCUGAGUUUUUAAAGCAAAAUAAUUGAUCAUGUCCCAAAUACCUAAAAUUUUUAGUGCCUUUGCUGUUGGGAUGUUUCUUAAUUGUGUAUGUAAUUAAGGCACAGAAUUGUCUGUAAGUUCUUGGAUCUGACUAAAUUAUAUUAGAUGUAUAUAUUGAAAUUAUGAGGCAUAGCUGGCCAGUCUCUACAGUUAGAAGUUAUAUCGGCCUCCCUUUUGCAGUUGUAUACUAGAAUGUAACAGUACUUGGUGCCUUCAAGGGUUACCUCUUCAGUGGCUUAGAGGUGCUUUUUCAAGCACAAUUUAGACUAGGGUUGAACCACUCAUUGAGCAAAGUCAUUGAAUUUUUUUAAAAAAUAUUUUAGAUAUUUAGAUAUUUUAAAACAUCAAAGAAAACAUCACUAGAUCAGUUCACACAUAAGCAACAGCAAGGUUUACUAUAGGAAAUGAAAUCAGACUUUUAAAGUAUAAUGAUGUAUGUUGGCAUUAUUGAGUAAAACAAGAACAGCCUGGAAUACAGGGCAAAAUAAUUAAGGCAUCUUAUUCUUUCCAUCAAGUAAGCUUUGCUGUGGUCUUUGUAGUCUACAAAAGUUUUUACUAUUACUUUUUGUUUGUUUUUACAAUUGAAAAGAAACAAAUCAAAUAGUAAUAAGGGGCUAUUUUACCCUCUGACCAAGGACCCAGUGACUGCUGAUUUUAGUGGAGGAUUUUUAAAAAGCAUAUCCAACCCACUGUUCUAGGAAUUGACCUCAGAUAUUGCUGCUCCUCACCUCCGGACAGGAAGCCACUUGGUAGCACUAGUCAGCUUAAGUGGAUUACCCAACGUGGAGGUGAAUCACACCAUAGGCUGCUAUGGGAGUUUGCUUUCAGGAUAUCUUAUAUUUGUGAGCUUCCAAAGAAUCAAAGAUUCAUGUUUAAAAGCAUCAAUCCUAUAUAUCCAGCUUUAGGAAGUUUUUCUUACUAGGAGCACGUUAUAAUGAAAACAUAUUUUAUGUGCUAAAGUAUGGUUAUGAGCGUAUGCAAGGAUCCUUUUAAAUGUUAAAGCAGUUGGAUAUUGCUUCUUAAUGGAAAUUUUUACCUGGGGAAAUGAUGCUUUGAGGUCAUCUUGAUCUCUUUCUUUUUUUUCCCCCAGCCCUUCCUAGUAGUUCUCACUAGAACUAGUAAGCCCUUACAGAAUAGUAUGUAUGAAAUACAUCACUAAUAGAUUAAUGAAACACAGUUUUGGCUUAAUGUCUUAUGCAUUACUCCCACCCCACCCACCCCAUCCCAACAAUGUGUAGCAGUACUCACGAUUGAAGAGAGGUCAUAAGUAGCAGGGAAAACAAACUUACUGUUUUGUAUAUGGUAAAAUGCACCAUUUUUUCUGCCCUCUAAUGGUUUGUUUACAUUAUUUGGUCAUUGUGCAACUUUUACUUUGGGAUAAACAGUAUUAUUAAAACUGAAGACAAAAAGACAGUAUCAGUGUCAGCUAAUGUGUGCUCUUCUAGUUUCAAUUGUAUGCUACUUAUUAGGGACUUUUUACUGUUAGGGUUUCAGAGCAAUGUUCUGAGACUGCUUGCAGAGAGGUUGUGUACUUUUGGGUUCCCUCUCAAAUCCAUUGUAGCAAUUGAAAAUGAUUGCAUGGAUUUUUGGAUGACUAGCCAUUACUGUUUGCUGUGUGUUGACACAUUUUUAAUUUUUAUUCUUAACUCAUGAACUGUUUAUUUUGGGAAUAAUGGAAAACCAUCCUUUGUCCAGUAAUGAGAAUAGCAGUAUGGUAGGAAGAUCUGUUGAAUGUACUUUGAGUGAUUGCUUUAUCUUAUUUACUAUUUCACAGACUUUGCAUGACACGGUACACUCGUAAUUAUGCACUCUUUGAUUAUGAAAUCAUAACCUGAUCUACUCUGUGUUAACUGACUGGUAGUCUAAGGAAGCUUUCUCUGCUAGUUUCUCCAGUCCACCCACCUUUUUCGGUAAACUUUGCAAAGAUCAAUGACAUUUCUCCUAACUCUAGAUGAAACAAAGCUCUUUUGGACAGCACAGCCUAACUUUAUAGCUAGACAGAAUAGCUAUUAAGAAUGUUUAGAAAAUCCAAAUUUAUCAAAAUUAUUUUAUGGGAAAACAAAUCUUGUUCAUUAAUACUAUGUGCUUGAAUUGGACUUACUUUUGGAAAAACUGUUCAGAUUGGGUUCUUUUAGGCUUAGUUGAAUCAGCUUAGAAGCAAGAUGCUACUUAGCUAAGAAAGCUGAGAGAAGCUUUCAUAAAAGCAGGAAAUUCUUGACAGCAUUUUUUUUUUCUUUAAAAAUGAGAGGAUGUUAUAUCAAGAGUUAUACUCAGGUAAUCUGCAAGAAUAAAAUAAAACACCCUGACUUUUGUAGAAUUCUCAGUGUCAAAUUCUCACUGACCUGUUUUACAGCUAUCUUUUGCUUGAAUUUUAAUGGAAGUCUAACUCCUUCAAAGGAUAAGACAAAUUCAUGGAAAGUAUAAUGUGUGUGCAUUUCAAGGCUCUCAGUUAUCUGGAGUGAAGGCACUGUUCCCACUGUAGCCAGAUAAAUGGGCGUGUUUUGUACAUGAAUCAUGCUACACUUUAAAUCAGGACAUCACUUGGAUAUUAAUGUUGUGUGUAUAGAUUUUUGUUU